CAUAUUGUAGUCCAUAACAUUGUAUUUUACAUUUUUGAUCACUUUUCCCUUUCGGUAUGCAACUUCUUCCAAGUGUAAUCAACAUAUAAAAGGAAAAUGAUUCAUUUCUCAUAUUUGCAAACCCACCCUGAACAGAAGAGGUGUCCUGUGUUAUCAACUACAUUAAAAAAAAUUCAAAAUUUAAAAUAAAAUAAAAAAAAUCAUUCUCAUGUAAAAGUAUUGUAUUUUAUAUGUCGGUUUUUCUAGUGUACAUUAAAAGUAAAAUUUUAACAUACAUGUUUUAAAGAGAACCACGUGAAGAACACCAUUGCACUAAAUAUUGAUUGAAAUGGCCAGUAAUGGAGUCAAUAAUGAGAUACAAAGAAUGUUUAUUGGGAUUGUCUGGUUUCCAACAUUAAACAUCAGAUUGACUCAGAACAUCAGAGCUGUUCCUGAAAACGAACCUAACAGGAGGUUUAAUGGUCUCUCAGAGGAAGAGUAAAGUUCCACAUCUGCUUCUGUUUCAAAUUCAACUCGUUUUCUUUGCAUGUUAUGUUGCCUUCAAUGUCCCCAGCAAUAUCGUAAUAACAACGAUUUCCUCCCACAAAGAAAUACAAGAAAGAAGGGUAUUUGUUCUGUUAGCGUCAGGCGUUCUGGUGAAUUACUGCUUUUGUAUCCUUGAACUGUACUCCAAACACUCCAUGUCACACAUGUGCUAUAAUACGUCAUCUUUUAGAAAGACGAAUAUUGUGGUGUUUGUUUAUUCCAGGUGUAAUGAAAAAUCGUAUUUGAGGUGCUGGCUCUGAAGGCAGCACGGCUGGAAGAGCUAAAAAGCUAACGAAGAGAUGCUAAUGAAGCUGGGAGCGCAACGACUCUGAUAAAUGUGGGCUCUUGUGUGCUUCAGCUCAGCAGCAUAAUGUUUGCCGUUAAGUUAACACUGGACAGAAAACUCUGCCGCCACCUUGCAAGUUGAAAAGGAACUCCUGCAUUUUUUUGUCCAAUGGCAGCCCAGGGAUUGAGCCAGCGAUGGAAGUUGCAUCUCCCAGAGUUCAAGCACAGCAAGAGAGGCUCGAGUUCGACUACAGAAGACAAUGAAAGAGGCAAGACGGAGAGAGAAACCAGAAAAGGGCUGCACAAAAGUGUUUCAAUGGCAGCCACCUCCAGGUAUCUGACAGACAAGCAUUAUGUGAUGAGAAAACCUCUGUUCUCUGCCGAAGAGCACACAUCCAUCUUAAAGAAGACACAUCCACAGAACCCCACAGAGCAGAUGAAACAACUGGGUGUUAACAGAGGAGAAUACACUGACAUGAAAUUCUUAACCAGACAAAGGAAAGCACUGAUCCCAGAAAGCUUCAACCUCAGUGACAGUGACAGCUCACCUCCCUCAGCCUCUGGAAAAGACCUUGACUCACCUUUGGGUGUCUCAGAGCUCCAGACCCGGCUUAGCUGUGAGGAACCUACUUUUCAGUCGUCUUUCUCUGACAGCAGAAUUUCUGAACAGAGCUUCUCAAGUUCCAUCCUGCAAGUCCAGAGAAUUAAACCUCCUCUGAGGCCACAGCUGACCUCCACAGUCUUGAAUCCUACCUACAGCCCUCACUCAAAGUUGUCCAGACCAGGCCAGACUCAGCUCAGGCUAGAUGAGUGGGAGACCAAAUUCUGUUCUCCUAAAGCACAUUCAAAAGGAAGCCCUGAGUCUCCCUAUCAAAAGAACUACUGGGCCUGUGCCAUCCCUGAAGCUUUACCUCCAUCCCCAGACAGACGCUCUGCAGGAUGGGAUCCAAAUAUGGAAUACCAGACCCUGCUGGACUACACCUACCCUCUAAGACCAGGACAUGUGGUGAGUGAGUGGGACAGCUUUGAACUCCAGGCAGAGUCUUUACUCCAGACAGACCCCAACCUGCAGGACUCUGGAAUUGAACUGAACCAGCUUUGUAGCUCUACUAGCCUAUCAGGGUUGGACUUUUCUAGCAGUGGAGCAAGGUACACCAGAAGAAGAAGCAAUCAUAGUGCAGGUCAUAGGUCACCUGACCUGCAGGAGUUCACCGGAUCCUCAGAUGUUCCGCCCUCCAGUUCCCAUGCCUCUCAUAAUAUGGAUCCCAUGACUACGUCCUUGGACAGUUUGGACAGAAGUACAACAAACUGUAGCAAAAAUGAUGGUCCCCAUCAUCAGCGUCAUGUGCCGUCCUCGUCCCACUCCAUCUCCACUGCUUUUCACUCCACCAGUGUUCUUUCUCAGUCUCGGUGCUUGUGUCGGGAGGUGGAUGAGGAGUUUUGGCGUCUUCCAGAGCAGCUGGAGGAGUUUCAGCUGUUGUCCAAACAGGUGAGGGAGGUGACAUCCCUGCUGAACCAGCCUGUGACCACUAGCUGGGAGUCUCUGGAGCCAGGCGCCACCUCCAUUCUCUCCUCCACUGACCUGCCUGAGAAACAUGGGGCUGAAAACAAGGAAGAGGAAGUCAAAGAGGACAAAGAUGAAGGAAACAGGAGGGGCAGGGAGCAGACGAGUGCUGCUCAGACAGCUGACCAUAGUGGCUCUGAGACCAUAAGGAGCCGUUUUGGAACCAGGGUGGAGCCUGCUGUAGGUGAACUGAGUCGCUCCAGUCUCAAGGAGGUAGAAGCUUUGGUGGAGCGGCUGUCUGGCCUCACCCUGCCUGACAGACAGAGGAUGAACCAGGAGGACCAGGAGCAGAGCAAGUCUCUGAUGCAACACAUACAGGUGUUUUGUUCACACCUGGAGCUGCUCAUCCAGCGGCUGUAUGCAGUCUCAGAGAAGAUGGAGCUGUUGGCUGCAGCCUCUGUGAGCCCUGAUAGUGGGAAGUCAACCCUGGCUGAGUAUGAGAGCUUUCAGAAAGAAGUGAGCAGCCAUCAGCCCCUGACCUCCUGCGUUCUGCACACCGGACAGCUUCUCCUCAGCUGCAUCAACACUACCUCCCCACUGUUAAGAGACAGCCUGAUGCUGAUUGAGAGACAGUCUGGAGCUCUGCAGACUCACACUGAACAUUUUUUCUCCAGCAUCCUGUCUACAAUGGACAGCCUGACUCAGCAGAGCAGAGAAGACGGCCCUGUAGAGGGUCAAGGCUCCAGUUUGUGAACAAACUGCAGGGCAUGUCUGUGAUAUGAUUUAUUUUACUCAUUUCUUUUUUUAAACUUAUUUCCAACAACUAUGUUCUUAAUAGAAGGCUCUUAUUUAUGAUUCACAAAAAGCACCAGUGACUUUUUACACUAAUAUUCAGGACUAGUACAGGGCCUCAAAGUGCUUCCACAACACUGUGUAAAGGAUUAUGUGAAUGCUCUAUUCUGUCUUAAUAUUGUUGUCUUUUUCGACUCAUUCUUAUUGUCACUAUUGUGGUUUAGUACAAGCCCUCAGUUCAUUUUGGAAAUUAUACAUCUGCAUUAAAACAAAGAUCCUAAAAGAUACGUAAAAUGUAGUAAAUAAAAAAUUGACACAGAUUGGAUACUUCAAUGCUGAAAAACUGAGACAUCGUCAAGCUUAAUUGCUGAGCCUUCAUAUCAAGCAAAGCCGAGAAAAACAUAUUGUAACAUUUGGCUAAAGUAGCUAUAGCUAAGGCUAACAGCUAGCCUGAACUAGUCAUAGUGCAGUCAUUACAAUGUGCCAAAUGUGCCUCCAGAUGACACAUGAUAGGUGGUCCAACACGUUUUAUGAAAACAAAACAUGUCAAAAAGUCCAUUUAUGGUCAAAAUUCAGCUUUGAAUAAACAGGAAGUUCCUGAAUUUUGGUUUUGUAGGGCAGAACAAUGGUCUGCCAUUGCUCUGACAAAUAAGACAUUAUGAAUAAACAAGGUUUACUGCUGUAACAACUAAACGCUAAUCUGUUAAUGCCAAAUCCUCGAAAUUGCCUUCAAUUUAAAAAAAAGUUAAAUUUACAUUUAGAACUCAAUGCACAGAUUGACAAUAUACAUUUCAAUAAAUAGGCAAAUUAAUAGUAUUUCAUUGUCUCCCUAAAGUAGUGACAAGCUGAAUGUUCAACAGGCCUUUCAAUAUAACCGCUAUUCACAUUUCACCUCAGUUUGUGUGUCACUUUUUUCAACAGAGGAAACUAAAUGAUCACUUCAGAGAUGUUUUCACUGUACUUUGGACAAAACAAGGUGAAAUAAAUAAUAACCCAGUUGUGGUAAUAGUAAAGUUACAUUUGUUUUCUUCUUGAUUUCAAAUGUAUUCAUGCACCAAAUUGAAUGAACCAGUUCUCAAGACAUAAUUACGCGUUGACACACUUCUGUGAUUUCAAACAGUUGACUGAGCAUUUGAGGACAUGGACAGCUGUGUCCGGCCUCUACGCUCUCCAUUUGUUUACAUCUGUUUCUCUGAGUGUGAUCUCUUACCAGUUGCUUCACAGUAACGGUCAUACACUUCACUGAACUGUACAUUAUGCCGUCUUGCAUUUUUAAAGCAAUUUUUUUCACAGGGAUCAGUGACUUUUCUUAUCAGCUCCUUUACAUUGUCAGCAUAACACACUAAUUUGAUGAUGCUUUAAUGAUGCUUUAAUGCAGACAAGCAUAUGAAAGGAUCAGUUCACCCAAAGCAUAUAUUCUCUUUUUUUUCUCUCCUUCCAGAUGGUUUUGGUUUUUAAUGUCCAAGCAAGGAGAUGUAGGUCGCUGGGAUUUUUGUCUGAACAACAGUAAAAUAGAGAGGAAUAUAAUUUAGUUAGUGGUGCUUGCAGCUGCAGCAUCGAUAAAUGACAUUACAGAAAAUCCACCAUAACCAUCUCCUACCACAUUCUGCACACUGUUACUCUGGAAAAUCUGCUGUCAGUAGUUUUAAUUUGAAAUGCUUUCUUUCUCAAAUAUACUGUCCCUCCUAGAGACAGGACAUGGGCAUGCUGGAUCUCACCACCAGAAUAUGGUUUUUGUUGUUUGGUGAACUUCUAGUCAUCUGAGAAAGUUUUUGUAACCACGAAAGCUCAGAUUUUUCACUGCACUGUUUUCUAUUUAAAGUCCUAGAUUACAGAUAGUUGUUAAAAAUUGUGGGUUUCGGUUGUUUGUUUGCCUUAUCUAGUUCGAGGAAACUGCAGAAGUUGGUGCACUGAUACAUCAGCGAGGUCAUACUGUAUUUUGCGAUAGUGGCCUGUUUGGAGGGAAAACACCUGCUAAUGUUUCUAAAUGAAGUUAUGUUUCUAUGAUUCAAAGGCUGGCUGUGAAAAGGUGUGUGCUUGGGUGUCUUUCUGGGAAAGUGUGCCUUCCAAACUGAAAAACUGUGAAUAUGUAGUAACAAAGGUCAGUGCCUGCUACAGUACUAUCAGCAGCCAGCAGCUAUGGACUGAAAUGCCGUCUCUGCUCAGUCCAUAAAGAAGAACCUGCCCUGCUCAUAGUAACUUGAUUUUUUUCUCUCUCUUUAUUGUACUUUGUAUGAAAUGAACUAAUAAAUAAAACCUGCUAUUCCAGUUUA